AUGGUUGAUCUUUUAAAACCAUUUGAAGAAAUUACAAAACAUGUUUGCGGAUCAAAGUAUCCCACUUUAAAUAUCGUAUAUCCCUAUGUUCAAACUUUAAAAAAAAAAUUCACUCCUAAAAGUGAAGAUUGUGAAUCUUUUGAAGCUUGGAUUGAUCUAAUCUAUGGCUCAGAAGACCAAGAUACUAGCAAUAAUUCAAGUCUUAGUAGCAACAAUGAAGCUGAUAUACUAUCAGCAGGAAAUCGUCGACAAUGGCAAUAUGCACAUAGAAGUGCAAAUCAUAAUAAAAAUCGCAUGCGUUAUAAAAAACAUUGCUCUGGGCUUUUAGAAAAAGCACGAGCUGUUAUUUUUUUAACGCUUGAUGAGCUAUGGAAUACAUCUAAUAUAAUGGGUUUAAAAGCUUCUAUUUUAGACCCCCGAUUUAAAUUACUUCCAUUUGCCACAAUUCAAGAGCAGGAAGAAACUAAAAUGCAAGUCUGUAAUGAAUUAUCAUUGCUUAAAACACAAAUAAAUGCUUCAAGUAAUGUUGAAGCAGUAAGAAGCCCGGUAAUUAUUAAUGAAGACCCUCAAGAUUCUCUAAGUGCCGAAUUAUGGGAUCAUUGUCAAUACCUGAUAAUGAUACUGAUGAAGAUGAAUUUACACG